CUAAUGUACGCUUUCGUGCACUUCCAAUAGACGAGAAAUUAUCUCUGAGGGGAGAUACUGUUAAGCGUGAAAUUGAGAAGGAUAUUUCUCAAGGUCUAAUUCCAUGUUUCCUUACUGGAACAAUAGGUACAACAGGUUCUGCUGCAGUUGAUCAUAUUUCAGAGUUAGCAGACGCAAACGUGUGGUUACAUAUUGAUGCUGCUUAUGCUGGUUCCGCCCUUGUUUGUCCUGAAUAUCGACAUUAUCUUGAUGGUGUUGAUCGGGUUAAAAGGCGAAAACUUCUUAUAAGUGCAUUGACCGUUACACCAGAAAUUUUAAAAAAUCCUGCUAGUGAAAGUGGAUUAGUUUUAGACUAUCGAGAUUGGCAAUUACCACCGAAACAUUUCCAAAACAAGCUUACAUCAAAAUAUUCCGAUCUUUUUGCUAUCUCAGUGGAACAAGCAUUUUCACUUGUUUGUUUCCAUGUCAUUUCUAAUGAAAAAUCUCUUGAAACAUCAAAUGAGCUCACUGAAAAAGUUUUUAAUCGUUUGAAUAAAAGUCAAAAAAUUUAUUUAUCACACACUAAAUUAAAUGAUCAAUUCGUUAUAAGAUUUGCCGUAGGAAGCCCAUGGACCACUGAGGAACAUGUAGACAUGGCACUUGACCUUAUAGUAAAGACUACUAAGGAAGUUAUUGGAAUUAAAGAUGAAAAUAAUCUUUUUUCUUAA